AUGAAUUGUGAACUUUAUGUGCUUAUUACUCCUAUCGUUCUGGGACAUGCAUUUUUCUCCGGAGACCGGUCCCUGAAGUCCCCCCCGCAGUCCGCAGACCUGGAGGCCUUCCACUCGGGCUUCCAGAUGUGCACCAAAGAAGUCCUGCGCUACCUCUCCCCACCCGAAAGAUGGACCAGUCGGGAGCCACGUUGCGCCCAGCUGCUCGGCCACCUCCACUCCAUGUGCAGGAGGUUCCUGCCCGGAUCGCCUCUCUUCACCCCCAGGGCCCAAGGACGAUGCUGCUCCCCCCAGGAUGGACCACAGCAGCUGCCGCCGGACCAGCGUCCCGGGGGGACCCUCAAGCAGGAGCCUCCCCAGCCCAACUGCGUGCCCGUCAUUCAGAGGACCCAAAACUGGGGAAGGGGCGCGGCCACCCACCAGCUGCCCCCCAGCGGCCCGGAGCAAGCCGGGGAGCCCGACACCGAUACAGACAGCGGCUACGGAGGGGAGGGCGAGGGGAAGAAGACCCCCCAAGGGGGCUUGAGGGUCAAGAGGGAGCCCGCGGACGUGGAGUUGGAGGUCAAAAAAGUCAAAAUGGCCCCUGCAAUCAUGGAAGCCAAGACCCCUUCCGACCAGCCCUUCCCCACCUUGUUAUUGUGGCAUUCAAGCAAUGUAAGAAUUGUGUUUGUGCUUGUGGCCUAG